UUCAAACUCCACGUCCCUCUCUCCGCGCGCGAUCGAGGGAAACCCUAAUCGUCUCCGCCCCGAAGCGAUCCGAUGCGAAUUCGAGCGACAUGAAGCCCCAAAAGAUCGUGGCGAAGUGCCUGAGCUCUGAUUUCUCGGCCGUGUCGGACGAGCUAUCUCCGGAUCCAUCGGAGACGAAGAGUAUCGUCGAGGAUCCAUCCGAAAGCACCACGAUACCCCCUUCCUUGGCUCCAUCCGAGGCGGAGGAGAUCGGAAUCCACGAAUCCGGCGAUCGUGAUGGCGAAGUCGCCGAUUCCGAUGCGAUCGACAAGCUGAAGAAGACGGGUGAAAAUGCAGCGGCGGAUCCAACGGCUGUAAUUCGUCUCCAGCAAGCUUUGAUGGAGAUCGGCCGAUCUCCGGUCGAGAUCGGGAGAUCGAAGAAGCUUCUGGAAACUCUGGUCGAGAUCGGGAGAUCGGAGGAGUUGAGCCGGGGAUCGAGGAAGCUUCUGGACGCUCUGGCAGACAUCUCGCUCCGAGAUUCGUGCGCCAGUUCACGGAAGAGAUCUGGGCCGUCCGAUCCGAUCUUCUGGGCGAAGGUGCGCGUCGCGACGCUCUGCUUCCUGAUCGUCUCUGUGGCGAUUUUGAAUGCGUUCAUCGCGUCCAAGGUUCGGAUCCGCGACGGAACAGAUUUUAGCGGUUUGCCCCCUACCUGAAUCUAAUUUUCA